AUGCUCGCGUCUAUCCUUUCGCUCGGUAUCCUCGCGCUAUCACCAUUGGCGGCUGCCCAGCUCUUUCACGGCUGUGUGUCGUCCUCUUUCAACAGCGGCACAGCCCAAGCCGCAGGAACUGGGUCAGUCGCAGCAUGCAACUCCGCCUGCGGCACGAAAUACUUUUACUAUCGAGCAGCAGCGACCUCACCAUGCCAAUGUUCCGACACCGACCCCUAUCGAUUCACUCCCGCCCAGACGACACUAGUCUGGAUGCGCCAAACGACAUUUCAAUUCGGCGGAUGCUACGCUACCUCUGCACCCAACGGCGCCGCGCGCAUCAUUUCGAAAGCUGGGUCAUUAGCGAUUAUCGCGGACUACUGCAAAGGGGAGCGCACCGUCGCCUUCAGCCUGGAUCCUAGCGGCGACAGGACGUACAAUGGAUAUUGUGGAGGGGUCGGCACGAAUGUACCUUCCUCGCCUCAACCCUGUGCAGAAGGCUCUACGCAGAGAUACUAUACACAUAGCGCCAUUGCAGCCGCUUCUCAACUCGCUCGUCGGAAUGUACGGCUUGCGAGGCGGAAAGUCGAGGGUCCAAAUUACUGUCCGGGAUCGUUAUCGGCGUGUAACGUGGAGGGUGUGGAAGGGUCAUAUGAAUGUCUCGAUACGAAAUCCGAGCUCGAAUCAUGUGGCGGAUGUAUCUAUGGGAUCUAUGGAAACGCUACUGCUGUAUCGUUGGGACAAGACUGCACCAAGAUGAAGGGAGCCAGACCAAGAAGCGCCACCUGUACCAGAGGGCGAUGCGUAGCGAUGGCUUGUCAGAAGGGGUUCAGACUGAUUCGAGGGGAGUGUUUGAUAUGA